AUGAUGAACUUUCUGCGGCGCAGGCUUUCGGACAGCAGCUUCAUCGCUAACCUGCCCAAUGGCUACAUGACCGACCUGCAGCGGCCAGAGCCCCAACAGCCGCCGCCGCCGCCACCCUCGUCUUCCUCGGCGGCUCCGUCCUCGGCUUCCCCGGCCUCGGAGCGCAGGCAGACGCAGCCAGCGGCGCCUCCACCGUCCCAGCCCUCGCCGCCACAGCAGCAGCAGUCAGUGGGCAGCAGCUUCUUCAGCUCCCUCUCCAACGCUGUGAAGCAGACGGCGGCCUCGGCGGGCUUGGUAGACGCCGGCUCGUCCUCCUCAGCUGCAGCCAAAAAGUUCAAGCUGCUCCUGGUCAUCGAUGAGCCUCACACGGACUGGACCAAAUGUUUUCGUGGGAAAAAGAUCCUUGGGGAAUAUGACAUCAGAGUUGAACAGGCACAAUUUUCAGAAGUCAAUUUGAUAGCUCAUGCUGAUGGCAAUUAUGCUGUAGACAUACAAGCAUUCCGAAAUGGCGUUAAAGUUGUCAGAUCAUUCAGGCCUGACUUUGUUCUUGUUCGACAACACUCAUUUGGCAUGGCAGAGAAUGAAGACUUCCGUAACCUAAUUAUUGGAAUGCAUUAUGCUGGCAUCCCAAGUGUUAACUCUCUAGAAUCAAUCUACAACUUCUGUGACAAGCCCUGGGUGUUUGCCCAAUUAGUGUCCAUCUACAGAACCUUGGGACCAGAGAAAUUUCCUCUAAUUGAACAAACCUUUUACCCAAAUCACAAGGAAAUGCUGACAUUGCCAACAUUUCCUGUUGUGGUGAAGAUUGGACACGCUCAUUCGGGCAUGGGAAAGGUCAAAGUAGACAACCAUUAUGAUUUUCAGGAUAUAGCCAGUGUGGUCGCACUCACUCAGACCUACGCCACCACUGAACCCUACAUAGACUCUAAAUAUGACAUCAGGAUCCAGAAAAUAGGCAACAACUACAAAGCAUACAUGAGGACUUCUAUAUCUGGAAACUGGAAGACAAACACAGGAUCUGCAAUGUUGGAACAAAUUGCCAUGUCAGAUAGGUACAAGCUUUGGAUUGACAGCUGUUCUGAGAUGUUUGGAGGUUUGGACAUAUGUGCAGUCAAAGCCGUUCAUGGCAAAGAUGGGAAGGAUUAUAUUUUUGAGGUUAUGGAUUCUGCAAUGCCUUUAAUUGGUGAACAUCAAGCUGAAGACAAGCAACUUAUAACUGAACUUGUUGUAAGCAGAAUGAACCAGAUACUAUCUAAAACACCUAUACCAUCCCCUCAGAAACCAACAGCCACUCAACAGCCCCAGAGUGGAUCACUGAAGGAGUCAGAACCAAGCAAAGUCCCACCUCAGCGACCACCUCCUCAAGGGGGCCCUGUGCAACCCCAAGGAAUGCAAACACAAGGCGAGGAGCCGUUGCAACCUCAGCGCGGGUUCCUCCCGGGGCAGUCAGCCAAGCCCGCACGUUCCCUGCCUCCACGUCCACCUGGCCCUGCAGCUCUGCAGCCACGACCUCGGGCCCCCGGUCCUUCCCGUGCUGGGCCAGCAGCAGGUGACCCGGAGAGGGGGCCCUCGCCAGCUCCACCACCGAAGCCUCAGUCGCACCCCCAGCUGAACAAAUCACAAUCUCUGACGAACGCCUUCAACUUCACAGAGUCAUCCUUCUUUCGAUCUUCUGUGAAUGAAGAUGAAGCAAAAGCUGAAACCAUCCGAAACUUGAGAAAAUCCUUUGCCAGCCUCUUUUCAGAUUAGCCAUGUAGAGUU